AUGAGUGGUUUCAAGCUCUAUGUGGUUGCGCUUGUGUCUUUAACAUUCUUAGCCUUGACUAUCCCAUGUUCUGCUGUGACGUGGCAUGUUCACAUCGUCAAUGGACUGAGCUCUGGAAGAAUUCUCUUCGUCCAUUGCAAGUCUAAAGAUAAUGAUCUCGGCAUCCAUAAUCUUGCAGUCGGAACCGAAACCACUUGGAGUUUCAAAGAAAACUUCAUAGGGACAACACUUUUUUGGUGCUACCUGCGCACAGACCGUGAAGAGUAUGCUGAUUUUGAUGUGUUCUGGUCGGAGCAUAAUCGCAAGUGGCUUCAGACCAGAUGCAACUGGAAAGAUUGCAUAUGGACCGCAAGAGAUGACGGGGUUUACAUAAAGAACAUUCCUAACAACAGUGAUGAGCUUAUUCAUCAAUGGGGAACGCAUUGGUAA